ACUUACAAUAAUAUUGGGUAUUGCAAGAAUCUUAAUUAAUCCAAUCUAUAUCUCCAACAGCUUGAACUUACAAUCUCAUGACGUUCUAGUCUCACGGCUAAUGUGGUAUUUAAAUACUGCUUCAUUGAAAUAUAGUGUUUCAUAUUUCUAGCUUUGUUCUAAUCACAGCAUACAUCGACUAGCACUCAAUAUCAAUAAAGACACCUGUUCUCAUCUUUCUAUGAAACUGUUAGUUUAAAACUUCAAAGGUUUGAUUAACAUAAUUUUAGAUGAUAGAUGAUGGUCAACUGAAUAUAUUUGAUAAACAAUUAAGUAUCUCGAUAAACAGAAAUUUGUAAUACAUUAUAUUAAUUAGAGAAUUUAGAAAUAUAACACCGCUGGAUGCCGGCUCAGUGCUCUUAGAGGUUAAGCGUUCGCUCUUGAAACCAAAGUCCCUUGGUUCGAUGGAUGCGCACUGUUGAGGAGUUCCAUAAUAGGACGAAACAGCCACCCAGUGCUUCCAGAGUUUCAGUGGUGGUAUAACAUCAAUCUGUUCAUAAUCUCAAUCAAAACCUUAAUGAUCUUCAUAACCCUUAAAUAAUGACUUAUCAUUGGUUGAUUAGUAUACAAAUCUCAUUGUUAUUUAUUAACUGCUUAUGCAAUGGAUCAGAAUGGUCUUAUUCAAAUGUAUUAACUGGACCGGAAACAUGGAAUCAACACUAUAGAAAUAUGUGUUCGGGUUAUUAUCAAUCACCAAUUGAUUUGAAAUCAGAUACAUCUAUACUUGAUUCACGAUUAAAAACUGUGGUGAUUUAUCGAAACACAUCAGUUGCUGAGACCACUACAAUUACAAAUAAUGGUCACUCAGCUGAUGUUACAUUUUCACAAAACACUUGGUUUAUAUCAUUUGAUGGAUUACGUGACUUUAAAUAUGAAAUUGCAAAAAUGCAUUUUCACUGGGGUAAUACUGAUGAUCGUGGAUCUGAGCAUACUAUUGAUGGUGUUAGACUUCCUUUAGAAGGACAUAUUGUAUCUUUUCGAAAAGAGAUGUAUCCUUCACUCAAUGAAGCUAUCGGUCGACCAGGUGGACUUGCUGUUCUUGGUAUUAUGCAUAAUAUUGUUGAAUCAAUGAAAUCUGACCAAACAGUGUUCAAGGCAUAUAACAAUUUUUCUGGUGUAUUGAAUUCACAAUUCGCUCCUCCAAAUGUUUUGAAUGUUGAUAAUAUGAAUUUAUCGUUAAUUCUAAGCUUCUUGAACCCUAGUCGUUAUUUUCGCUAUUUUGGUUCACUGACAACUCCACCAUGCACAGAAAAUGUUCUUUGGACUGUUUUUAUGGAUCCAGUGCCAAUUACACGUGAACAGAUUAAUCUAUUUCGUAGUUUACCUUAUGGUCCAAAUGAAAAACAAACUACUAUGGGUGAUAAUUUUCGUCCUAUUCAACCAUUAAAUCCAUCCGAUACACUUGCACCACGUUCUCUAUAUCGAGCUACAGCAUCAAGUCUUUCAUUAUUAACUUUACCAGGUUUAUUAUGUAUCAUGUUGACCAGUCAACUUACUGUGAUAUUUUUUUAAUUCAUUUAGUUCAAAACUAUUUAUGUUUAAGAUAUUUAACUUCUUCUAGACCCAAAUUAUUGCGCUUUCAUUCUUUGAAUUAAAAACAAAAGAGGGUGUUUACCCAUACUACUUUAUAGAGUAUAUUUUCUUAUUUUAUUUUUCUUCUUUGUUUUUUUCUCUAAAUUUCUCAUAUUUUGUAAAUAACUUAGUUGGCCAUAUUCCAAAAUAUUUUGGAGAUUUGUUAUAUUUGGCUUGAUUUCACAUCAUAAUGUUUAUUUUAUUAGAUUAAUAUGAUUAUGCCAUAUACAUAUAUAUAUAUAUAUCUGUAAGAGUUCCUCGGUCAAUAACCUCACUACUUACUGUCUACUACUUCUAGCUCUUAAUUAGAUGGCUAAUAUUUCCCUUUUCAAGAUUCAAGAUGAAGUGGGAAAAAAAUAUUAUGUCUUCAUGAUUCAUUCAUUGUAGUUAAUUAUCAGUGAAUAAUAAAAAAGAAAUGAUAUUUCAUCUAAUGA